AUGUGUCAAAUAGAAGUAGUUAUAUCAUACAAAUCAUUACCCUCAUAUGUCACAUAUGUCACAAGCACUUAAUUACCAUACCCAUUUUAGGCCUAAUGGUCAAGUAGGAUUUUCGUCAUCAUUCCAAACUACCCACCAACCCAAUAGCAUGACUUAUAAGUGAAAAUCCUGGACAUCAUUCGGUAAAAUGAACCAAAUUUAAGUAUUUCUACAACGAAUGUGGCGAUCAAGUCGAAGAGACCUGCAUAAGUUGUAGUUCUCUGA